GGUAGUGGAGAGCUCUGGAGCUUGUUUCCGGCCACCUCAGCGGGAAUCGGAGACGCGAGCAGCUGGGUCUUUGGGAACUGAUAGAGGUAUAACUGUUGUCGCGGCGGAGCAAGUCAAGACGCACCUACGGCCGUCCGGGCCAGUGUUGAGUUUCCGUAGCCUGUGAAGAUGGUGUUGCUCACGAUGAUCGCCCGAGUGGCGGACGGGCUCCCGUUGGCCGCCUCGAUGCAGGAGGACGAACAGUCUGGCCGGGACCUUCAACAGUACCAGAGUCAGGCUAAGCAACUCUUUCGAAAGUUGAAUGAACAGUCCCCUACCAGAUGCACCUUGGAAGCUGGUGCCAUGACUUUUCACUACAUUAUUGAACAGGGGGUGUGUUAUUUGGUUCUGUGUGAGGCUGCCUUCCCUAAAAAGUUGGCUUUUGCCUACCUAGAAGAUUUACAUUCAGAGUUUGAUGAACAGCAUGGGAAGAAGGUGCCAACUGUGUCUAGACCCUAUUCCUUUAUUGAGUUCGAUACCUACAUUCAGAAAACCAAGAAGCUUUACAUUGACAGUCGUGCUCGGAGAAACCUAGGCUCCAUCAACACUGAAUUGCAAGAUGUGCAGAGGAUCAUGGUGGCCAAUAUUGAAGAAGUGCUACAACGGGGAGAAGCACUCUCAGCAUUGGAUUCGAAGGCUAACAAUUUGUCCAGUCUGUCCAAGAAAUACCGCCAGGAUGCGAAGUACUUGAACAUGCGUUCCACUUACGCCAAACUUGCAGCAGUAGCUGUAUUUUUCAUCAUGUUAAUAGUGUAUGUGAGAUUCUGGUGGCUGUGAAGUAGUGAAUCCAGUCACUGGCAAGGAAGAACCUAGAACCCAGCAGGUGUAUGUUUUCAGGAAGCUGAGCUCACAGAGAUGCGUAUUAGAAUCCAAGUGGAACUUCUGCCUCUAAAGACCUUGCAAGGAAAGACAUGUCCUGAAAAUGAAAGAUUACGCCUCAUUUAAUGAAGCUUAGCCCUAUGUAGAAAGUGUCUUUUGGGGGCAGAGGCUUUCUCUGGGUGCUAAGCCAUAUAUGUUAGGGAACAGUAGAUUGUUUUAUUUGUUUUUUUCCCUCCCAGUGUUUUACAUUUUUAAAACAGCACUGACUGGGCAUUCUCAUCUCUAAUGGAGCCGUCAGUGAGGUUUGGCUUAACCAACCUGUGCUAGCAACAGUCUGAAAUCCCUUCAGAGAAGGCAGCCCUUUGGAAAGUUUUUGGACUCUGUUUAAUCAACAUUCCGUUUGUUGGUGACACUUGUGAUUUUUCAGGAAUCUGAGUUGUUGAAGGCCUUUUAAACAAGACUCCAGUAUGUGAAGGUUAAUUGCUGUGCUGCAAGAGAUCCUGUCUAUUGGCCCCUGUAGGAAGUUAACCUUUGUUGUUUUCCAUUUAUGAUGUUUUGCUUAUUGCACAAUUGCUUUAGGGUUAAAUGAAUUAUAUUGAUGCCUUGAAAUUAUAGCACUCCGUGAUUAAGAAGCUAAAAUGUUUUCUGUCAUUUACUCCUUAAAAGACUUAAAUGUUUUGUUUGGGACAUUCUUAAUUUUAUUUUUCCGCAUCUGGUUUAUAUUAAUCUAAGAGUGAAUGUAGCGUACUGAUAGCCAGAGGCCCCUGACUUAGUGACAAAGAGAGGCCGGCUCAUGACUACAGCUUUGUCCUGCCCUUUUCUCACUUUUUCUCCACUACGAUUUUCCCCACUCUUCCUCCUGCCACAAUUUGCUAACAUUUUUUAAAUUCCUCUAUGUCCAAUAGUUUCAUGUCCCUCUCAGGAUAUCCUCAAAUUUCAAAAUGGAAAAUAUUCAGUUGUGUAGUUAAUUAAAUUGAAAUUUUUCAGAGCAACUACUCAAACUACUAAACACAUUUAUCUGAGAAAAUCUGAGAGCACCUUGUAUCUGCUUCAGUUAUGUAAUUCUCUGAGAAUGUUCCAGAAAUAGGUAACUCAUUUACAGUAGCUUCUAUUAACAAAUAAAAGUACCUAUGAUUUUUCCCUUUUUUGCUCAGGGAUAAUGGGAAUUUCCUUUUACCUUCUGAGGUAGAAUUUUUUUAAAUGGGGAGAAUAGGCCUUUUAAAUAUUGUCACAAGGGUCUACAAUAUAACCUAUAAUUACUACACAUACUGCAAACAUUUCUUUAAAUUGUACAGGAAAAUGAGCCUACUUCUUAAAAUCUUUGGAAAGAACUUUAACCAGUAAGCAAUUUUAUAACUCAGGAUCAUCAAACCUACUGUUCUGAUUCCUGAUAGAGAAAAAAAAUUCUAUUUCUUUAAAACAAGGCAAGGAGAAAUGCUUAUUUUAUUCCUGAUAAUUUACAGAACUAGAAUAAAACUUUUUUCUUUCCAUUUUGGA